AUGGAGUACGACGACGGCGACAACGACGACAACGACAACGACAACGCGCUAGGCCUGGCUGCGGAUAACGACGACGAUGCCCCCAUGUUAUUCGAGGCUCCGCUAUUCAUCAGCGGCGAUGAUGAAGAUACAUUCCAUGCCAAGAACCUGUCCAUGACAGAUUGGCAUCGGCGCAUCGUCGUGGAGCGCCUCACAAAGGCCACAACGAUUCAAUGCUUCCUCCUCGAUGUUCUCCACGGCAAAAUCAACAAGACUGCCGAAUCACCGUCGGCUACCUUGAUGGUGUUCAAGUUCUGGCUGACGCCAGUCAAGCAUGGCCGGCGACUGGUCCGUGUCCGUAUAGAUAUCGAGUUCUUUUCCGAGGAUCGCGAGGACGCUGCGCCGACAGUCCUGGCUAUUGGACUAGACGACCGCUGGACCAUUAGCCCGACGGUAGACCAUGAGGAUGUUGCAAAGGGAGGAAAGUUGAGUCUCGGCCUCGCGGGAAUACCCUUUGUCAACGUCGGUGGGGAGGCAUCGUUCGAGAAAACCGGCGGCCGGGAUAUUCAUGAUGCCACAACCGUCACCGGAGGGACGCACUUUGGCGAGGGCAUUGACGCUGGUGACCACACGGCCUGCGGGUGGACGUUGCUGGAAAACCAGAACCGAGAGACGGGGGUCCCUUAUUCAUUGACCGUGCCCGUCCUCAUCGAACGGCACAACGACAACCAGUUCACCGCGCGGGUGAAUUUGACGGCCAAGGGCAACACCCGAACGACUAUAGACUGGAUGUUCAACAAGGUCCCUGUGGAUGAUCCGGUGCUCUUCAAUCCCGCCGUCGAUCGGCUGAGGAAGAUACGCCAGACAGAAGACAAGAACACUACCCCCCCAGAUGGUGGAAAGAAGACUGCGAAGUCACCAGCAGAGAAAUAUGCAAAGGACGAGCUCAGAGAAUGGGAGACACGAAUGGACGAACUCACCCACGUGAUCUGGCGCACGGUGUAUCGGGGGGCUGAGAGGGAGAUCUAA